ACUUAUCAUCCAGGCACGCCGCGGAGCUACUCUCAAAUGCGACCUGCAAGCGGCCACCUAACGUAGCUACACACCUGUAACACACCCACAUUUGCUGCUGCGACGACACACACCGAGUAAUAACAGAAAUGGCUGUUACGGAUCUUAUCAGGAGCCCACCUUUUAUAAUCAAAGUUGUUGAACUGGUCUUAUCCAUUAUCAUAGCUGGUCUCACAUCUGGUCAGGCAGUUGCUGCAUCUCCUGACAUUUUCGUGCGUUUAGCGGUUGUCGAUGGCACAAUAGUAUGUUACAUCAUACUAGGUGCCUUAGUCAUCAUCGGCUAUGUACUCGAAUGUCCUAUACACACCAAACUGAUCCUAAUUUCUUCAGCGGUUGCAUGUCUAUUAUUUGUGACAACUGGAGGACUUAUUCUGGAUGCGUACACCCGAUCUUAUUUCAAAGUUACUCAAGUAAUCAUUGGAGGAAUACUAGCCCUUGUUAAUGGACUUGUGUACGCUGCUGAUGCAUUUCUGUCGUGGAAGUUUAGCUAGAUACCCUUCACAGAGUGUUAACACGUGACAUUACACGUUCACAGUGUAUAUACUGAAACUAUCUACUGUUCUGUCGAGGAGCAGUUAGUGGGAGUUGUUUGAAAUAACAUCAAAUGAAAUAGACUGAAAGCAUUGUCAGCUUAAUUUGCUGUUUCUGUACCUAAGACAGAUAUGUGUUGUCAUACAGUUAAAUUUGUGUACACAAUGUGAUGAAUAAGUUAUUAAAAAGUAGUAUUAAGGUUUAUUAUUGAAUUUUGACAUCCAAUAAUAUUCACUGAGGUUUCUUCUCUUGCUCUCUCAGAUUACUUGCAUUGAUAGUGAAGCAUUCUUUACUGAGAAGACUUAAUCUCCAACAUUUCUUUAUAUCUUUAUAUACUUCUCCUAGCGAUUACAAUCAGAUUAAUAAUCAUAAUCAGUUUGUAAGUGUUGGAUAAUUUCUAUUUACUGACUCUUUUGUACUUUUUUGUCUAAUGAAACUAUGAAAGAGCGAUAAUUUAAAUGUACAGAUAAUUAUCUGAUGAGACUGUAAUUAUUCGCAGAGAUAAUAAUAUGACAUGUAAAUCACCUCUUAUAGAAUUAUGAGUAUCCACACAUAGUUUCUAUAAAAAGAUUUUUUGGCCACACCACUAUUUUUCGGUAAUUAAUAAAGAUUUGCUGUACGUUUCACUUUAAUUUGUAUAGAGGACAAAAAAGUAGAACACUUUGAACAAAGAGUCACAAUUUUCUCUCUGCUCCCCUGUACUUAAUUCCUAGAAAAUGUUGUAACUCAGAGUCUCUCAUGAAAAAGAUUGACCUUUUCUGACAUAGGACUUUGAAGAAGUAAAAAUUUUCUUUUCUCGAGGUGAUCAAAUAACUGAGGAAGUCAAAGGUCCAGGAGUGAUGGUCUGGGGUGCUAUUUCGUUUCAUAGUAGGAAUGCAUCGAUGCAGCGAGUGCCAGGUGGCAUCACGGCAACGCCCGCCUGCUGAAAUCUCAGUAAGGCAACAACUGACAGUCUGCCUGUGCUGGUUCAGCGCAGCUAGCGGCGACAUGCUAAUUCAAGGCGAUUUGCCAUGACAAAGCAGCGGCGUCCCUCACUUCGGACUGAAAAACGGCGGACCUCCCACUUGACUGAGACCAGUUUUGUUCAGGUGCUGAGGUGGACGAUGUAGUGGGGACCCGAUAAGAUUCGAGAGUUAAAAAUUGAAAAAUAUAUUUGCGAAACUGAAGGCAGUACACCCUAUGGAGGGCUUGCUAACGUGCCAACUGUAUGGAGAACCAUCACAGGUCGGUUGAGGUUGGUUGAGGUCCAAAAGAAGACAAGAAACAAGAGGGACACAUCUUGAGCCAGUCUGAAAGCCAGAAAGAGCGAGUGACUUCCGCUUGCUGAGAUGGCAGCAUAUCUGUGGGUAGCACGUGAUUCUGUUCCCACACUUUCUAUUGGCUGCCUACAGACGCAUGUGGCUGGUUUUCUUAGUAAAGUACAGGAAGCGAUAGAGCGUUGCUUAAGCCAUAGUUCUAGCAGGAACAUAGGCAUUGCAGGGGCUAACGCUGCUAGCAGGUUGUAUCAACAAAUACAAAAGGAAAUUUAAAUUGUUUCAAUAAAAGAUCUUCCAUUUUACUGUAUAAACUGUGUAUUCUGUUGUACAAACAUGAUUACCAAAAACUGCGAAAAGAAAUUUAAAUUGUUAAAAUAAAAGAUCUUCCAUUUAAC